UCCACCAUGACCGUUUCAGUCAGCUCCAACCUUGGCUUUGUCCGCUCUCUGAAUGUCCUGCUUCUGAUGUUGACUGGUUUGAGCUUGAGCAGUCCCAUCAGGUCUCCUGAGAGCCAUCACAGGGUAUCAGUCGGUAGGGAUGUGGGUGAUAAUCCGCUACUUGAUGCACAGGACUUUCUGAGCCAGUUUCUGUCCACAAUGAACCUCACAGAGCUGAGGCCCCAGGCCAGGCCCCUCGCUGCCCGUAAGGAGCCACCAGAGUACAUGCUGGAGCUGUACAACCGAUUUGCCAAUGACCGCACUGCUGUGCCCUCAGCCAACGUUGUGCGCAGUUUCAAGAACGAAGAUUCCUCCCCCUUCAGUGUAACGGCCAGGGGUGUCAGGAUACAUCCCCUGCUUUUCAACAUCUCAAUACGCCACAGUGAACACAUAACAAUAGCUGAGCUUCGCCUUUUCACCCUGUUCCAGAAGGCCCAGAGACCAAAUGUUGGCAUUGACUGCAAGGUGACCAUAUACAAAAUACACGAGGGCGUACUUUGGACAAAAGAGGUGGGGAAAGAAGGGAGAAGGAGGGAUAAAGAGGAGGUGGUGGAGAUGAAGGAUUUGGAGGAACUGGUGACAAAGCAUAUCCAUGCCAAAGAUAACAGCUGGGUGUCGUUUGACCUGACUCAUGUGGUUGCACUCUGGCGGAAGUCAGGCUGUGCAACUCACAGAUUGGAGGUUCAUAUUGCAAAUCUGGGGUCAGAAGAGGAAGAGGCCAGGCAGGAGGUCACAGAACAGGGCCAGAGGUUGGUUGAGGUUGAUAUCGACAGGAGCUUGGAUGGGAAACACAAUGCGGUGAUGAUUGUAUUCUCAGACGAUCAGAGCAGAGACCACAAACAGGAUAAACAAGAGCUCAACCAGAUGAUCGAACAUGAGAAUGACCUUCCUGAAAACGUGGGCCGGCGCCAGCAAGCUUUCUGGGAGCACGUUAAUCACAACGCCAACCAGGACGAGCUGGACAAACAGUCCCUGGUGCAGCUGCAGUCCAACGUUAUCUAUGACACGCCUCCCCGAAUCCGUCGCAAUGUUAAGAGCGAGCCCUGCAAGAGGACCCCACUCUUUGUGGAUUUUAAAGACAUUGGCUGGGAUACGUGGAUCAUCCAGCCUGUGGGCUACGAGGCGUAUGAGUGCAACGGCGUGUGCAACCCACCAAUGACCUCUGAGGUCUCGCCUACCAAACAUGCCAUAGUGCAGACACUGCUGAGUGUUAAGAGCCCAGAGAGGGCAUCGCGUGCCUGCUGUGUACCCACUAAGUUAGAGCCCAUCUCACUCCUUUAUCACGAUAACGAGGUGAUCACAUUCAACCACAAGUAUGAGGGAAUGGUGGUGGCGGAGUGUGGCUGUAGAUAG